AUGUUUGCUGCUGUUUUGGAAGUACAAAUAGCUAUAGAUGGUGUAGAAGGUACAGGAUAUCGUGGUGAUAUUAGUAUUGAUUAUAUUUUUGACUGUAUAGCUAUAGAUGGUGUAGAAGGUACAGGAUAUCGUGGUGAUAUUAGUAUUGAUGAUCUUAGUAUAACACCAGUUGGCUGUGUAAUAGUACCUAAUUAUGCUGACCCUUCAGAAAGUGGUGUAGGAAAUGCUGACUGUGCGUUUGAUGAUAAUACCAUCUGUGAAUGGAAGCAGAGCAAGACUGAUAAAUUUGAUUGGACAGUUAAUGGAAAUAAAACAGCAUCACAAGGAACCGGACCCAUGUCUGAUCAUUCAGGAAUGGGUUACUACAUCUAUCUAGAGGCAUCUAGUCCUAGAAUAUUAAAUGAUACUGCUGUUAUUAUGUCACCAUAUAUAUCACCCAGUGACUCCAACCUACAAUGUCUUAACUUCUGGUAUCACAUGUAUGGACCACAUAUUGGAACACUAAAUAUCUACACUAAUGUAUUCGGUAAUAAAAGGCUGAUAUGGACUAGAACUGGAACUCAGGCCAAUGCAUGGAAACAAGCUCAACUUACUAUCAAUAGUACCACUAACUAUCAGGUAAUUAUUGAGGGUGUUGUAGGAAAGGGAUGGUUAGGUGAUAUUUCUCUAGAUGAUAUUAAAAUAGAUGGCAAUAGUUGUAAUCCUUCCAAGAUAUGCGAUUUUGAAACCGAUUUCUGCUCAUACACUCAAGAUACAACCGACGAUUUUGAUUGGACACUUUCAAGGUAUAGUACAACAAGUGCAAGUACUGGUCCUUCAGGUGAUCAUACAGAUGGAACUAGAACAGGACAUUACAUCUACAUUGAAGCAUCAUCACCAAGAAAUACCAAUGAUAAAGCUAGAUUAUUAUCACCUAUGUAUUCUCAAAGUGGUAAAGAAUGUUUACAAUUUUAUUAUAAUAUGUAUGGUAGUACCAUGGGAACAUUGAAUGUGUAUGUCCGAUCUAAAGGACAGACUGGACAAGCCGUAUGGACAUUAUCUGGUAAUCAAGGUAAAGCAUGGAUCAAAUCCCAAGUGACAGUUUCAGCCGUAUCCUCAACAUAUCAGAUCGAGUUUGAAGGUGUUCGAGGUUCAAACUAUUAUAGUGAUAUAGCUUUAGAUGAUAUCAGUAUCAUACCAGAUGAGUGUCAAAAACCUGCUCAAUGUACCUUUGAACGAGGUCUGUGUGGUUAUAAGAAUAUACAGGGAGAUGAUUUUGAUUGGACACGAGGCCAUGGUGCUACAACAAGCUCUUUUACAGGACCGCAAGUUGAUCAUACCACAUCCUCUACAAAUGGUUAUUAUAUGUAUGUUGAGGCUAGUAGUCCAAUAAAAACAGGAGAUAAAGCCUGGUUAAUGAGCGAAGAAUUGAAAGCUACCAGUGGAUCAUGUUUACAAUUCUGGUAUAAUAUGUAUGGUGCAGGUACUGGUAGUUUAAAUGUUUAUACAGUUUCUGGAACAGCUACACCUGAUUUAGUCUUCAAUCAAACAGGAAAUAAGGGUAAUCGAUGGUAUGAAGCAUCAGUAGAUAUUAUUAGUUCUGCCGGUUAUCAGAUUCGUUUUGAAGGUGUUAAAGGUCCAAGUUAUACAAGCGAUAUUGGUUUAGAUGAUGUUGACGUUACAAUUGGUGUUUGCUCCAGUCACCCACUGACUUUGACACCAGCAGUCACGACACCUCAACCCACUCCAGCUACCUUAUUGGGAUGUGAUUUUGAAAGUGGCAAUCUUUGUAAUUUUGUGCAAGAUAAAACAGAUGCAUUUGAUUGGAGAAUGAACUCUGGUCAAACAGGAAGUGCAAGCACUGGACCAACUUUUGAUCACACAUUACAGAAUAACCGAGCUUUCUGUGAUUUUGAAGAUGCUUUCUUAUGUGGAUAUAGUCAGGAUAAUACUGAUAAUUUUGAUUGGACAAGACAAUCUGAAGGAACUUCAUCUACCGGAACUGGUCCAGAUAAUGAUCAUACAUACGGUACUAGAGAAGGAUUUUAUGCCUACAUCGAAUCCAGUAGACCCAACAAACCAGGAGAUAUAGCUACUCUACAAUCUCAGAUUAUUCCACUAGAUAGUACUGCUCCUAGCUACUGUUUAAAUUUUUGGUAUAACAUGCAUGGUGACUCUAUCGGCAGUUUAAACGCUAGUGUAUACUUCAGUCAAGGCGUUCAACAGACGAUUUUCAGUAAAACCGGAGAUCAAGGCGAUAAUACAUGGAAGUUAGGACUGGCACCAAUUGAUGAUCCUUAUGAUUCCUUCAGUUUGAAAAUAACAGCAUCUGUUGGAAAUGGUAUCCAUGGAGAUAUAGCUAUAGAUGAUAUCAGCUUGGUGGCUAAAGAUUGUGCUGCUGUUUUGAAGAGUAAUAAUCAGACAUUCAAUUGUCAAGAUUCUGCCAAUACAACCAUACCCAUGAACAAAAAGUGUGAUUUUGUCAGAGAUUGUCCAAACUUGAAAGAUGAACUUGUCUGUGGAAACUGUGAUUUUGAAACUGGAUAUUGUGGUUGGACAGAUGACAGUAAAGGAAAUUUCCAGUGGUCUCUUGGAAAAAAUCAAACCCAGACACAAAAUACAGGACCACCAUAUGAUCAUACAUUUAACAGCAACGCAGGAUCAUAUCUCUAUGUUGAUGCUAGUUUUGCAACAGUUGGUAGUAUAGCAGAGAUUUAUUCACCAACACUCGAUAUAGCUGUUGUUAUAACAGAUGGACAGGGAACAGUAAUAUUAAUAGGAUCUGUGUUUUAA